AGCUGCAAUUCAACACUAGAUCGAUGCAACAGCUAUCAGAAAUAAUAUCUGAAGGAUAACAUCGAAUAAUCAAACCCGUCUACCCGUGCAACGAUCUUAAAAUUGCCAGCCACUUACUACAAUUAAAAUUGUGACAAUUGCCUACAAAGGUAUCUACCUAUCAGACUCUACCAAAAUGAUAGCACAAUAGAAUAAAAAUGUGAUAGCAGAAAGUCGUGGAUGAACGAAACGUAUCAGCAACGUCGAAAAUGUGAGCCACGCGCGCACGUGGUGGCACACCAGCUGACGUCGACCGAUUUUGGCACACCUCUACAGAAAUCUGGUCCACCUUUUCUCGAGAAGUCUCGAAACAGUUUCGUCCGUGAAAGUCGAACUAGAAUCUAGGAACGCUUCCCCUCCUUGCAGUCGGUGCAAGAACGGAAGAAGCGGAGAAGAAUUAUUUUUACACCGCACCACGACCCGGUAUAUCGGUGAGAAAUUCAUUGCCAUACUUCCUGGGCGUCGAACGUUCGAACAAAUGUCGAGGAUGCUGCGACUGGAACUGGUGGGUCUCGUGUUGCUGGCCUGCACCCAAAUCCUUACGGAGCACCGUGACUUUUAUGAGCCUAGACCGCAGUAUGGUUAUCAUUCGAGGUUCCUGGAUCCUCCGGAACGGGUUACCAGGGAGGUGCGGGUGCAGCAAGGACGUCUGCGGGGCAUGGUGGUGCAACCCAGGACCAGCCGUGAUCUGCAGUUAGUGGACGUCUUCUUGGGAGUGCCAUACGCGGAGCCUCCAGUUGGCUCGCUAAGAUUCUCCCCACCGAGGUCACCGGAAGCAUGGCGGGGUGUCAGACAAUCAGAGGAAUUCGCUCCCGUGUGUCCGCAAACGGUGCCAAAGUUACGAGACGAGGUGAGACCAGUCAGGUACGAGUACCUGGAGAAGUUGUUGCCUUAUUUGAAGAACCAGAGCGAGGAUUGCCUCUACCUGAACAUCUACGCGCCCCACCAGCCCGAAGGUCAGAAAACUCUGCGAAAGUACCCUGUGAUGGUAUUUAUUCAUGGGGAGAGCUUUGAAUGGAACAGUGGCAACCCCUAUGACGGUACUAUAUUGGUAGCUUAUGGUAACGUGGUCUUCGUCACUAUCAACUUCCGCUUGGGUAUUCUCGGCUUCUUGAGACCGGGCACGGGGGACUCCACCGUCAGCAAUUUUGGACUUCUCGAUCAAAUAGCGGCGCUUCUUUGGUUACGAGAGAACAUUGCAAAUUUUGGGGGUGAUCCGAACAGUAUUACAUUGGUCGGACACGGCACGGGGGCCAUUUUUGCCAACCUGCUGCUUAUCAGCCCUGUGGCUAAUAAGAAAGGUCUUUUUAAGCGAGCCAUACUGAUGUCUGGGUCUGCCCUUAGCGCGGACGCUAUUGGGAAGGCGCCUUUGCAGAUCACGAAGCAGGUUGCCCACGCUCUAAACUGUCCCACCACGACCGACAGCGAUUUGGCGCUUUGUUUGCGUGGACAGGAUGUGGACACACUACUGAACGUGAAGAUCCACAAGCCGAACUAUGUGCCAGCGUUCGCGCCGCUGAUCGAUAACGCGGUCAUUCCGGACAAGCCUCUGAAUUUAAUGAAAAAUCCUCAGCUGUUUGGCAGAUUCGAUUUGAUGUACGGCGUCACCGAAUCGGAGAAGUUUCAUAUUCUGCCACCGGUGGCUUUGCUGCACGGCAUGCUGGAUGGACAGAGGGACGAUGUUUUGAGGGAACAUGCGAAGGCAACGCACGAGCUGGAGGCCGAAUUAAUUCUGUCAAAGAUUCUGGAACAAUACGGCGAUUUCUCGGACGGUUUCACGAACGAGUACGCCUUGAAGAAUCGGGAUCUCGUACUGGAGGCGAUUUCCGAUAGCGGGACCGUGGCGCCAUUAAUAAUGACCGCGAAUUUACAUUCACGGGCGAACCCGAAGAGUUACAUGUACGUUUUCUCGCAUCCGAAAGCGAUGCAGGACUACUCCGGCCAACAACGGCAGCGCACGGUUCACGGCGAGGAGCUGCCCUAUGUGCUGGGGGUGCCUCUUGACGGCGGUAAAUACGACUUGCGUCGCAGAUACAACAUCGGCGAAACUCUCUUCUCCGAGGCUAUGAUGAACUGGUGGUGCAGUUUCGCGUACGUGGGAAAUCCAAAUAUAGCAAAGCGCUAUCCUUAUCUGACGGACGGACCCAGGGAAUGGAGCAAAUACGAAAUCGAAUGGCCCGAAUACGACCCACAGAAUCAGACCUAUCUAAACCUAACCAUACCACCGAAGACAGGUUCGCACUACCGCUCAGAGGAGAUGCAAUUCUGGAACGAGUACCUGCCAGACAUGCUUCGUCAUCCGAGCAAAGACAUUCUGCUGUCGAUUCGACCGAAAGGACCACGACCACAGAUUCUCGACAUAGCGGACGGAAUUGGAAAGUACGGGAACACGAGCGCCAACAGGAACUACGAAACUCCUGGUAUCAGCUACGGCAGCGAUCACUCAACGAUGCCCACAGCCUCAGAGGAGCGAUCAACAACCCCAGAAUCAACGUCCGGAACAGUGGAUGAAAGCAUUCCGCAGCCCAGUAUGCCAAAGAGUUCGUCCGUGAUCACGAUGUUGACCGGUUUCGGUGUAGUGUUUCUGUUGAUCAACUUCACCGCGUUCCUCUUCCUAUACUGCAAGAAGCAGGACGCGAAGACGAAAGGCUUGAAGAGACGGGUCAGUCAAAAGGAGGACCCGAAACGAGCGAAAUCGGACAAAUACGAGAAUCACUACGGCGAGCUGGGGUACAAGAGUGACAGCAAGCCGGACUUGAACGACGUGAUAAAGAACGAUAAAGCGUACGACAACAACUCGAACUUUGGCAGACGUUCGAAACUGUCCAGACAGAAUUCCGGCUCCACGAUAGACACUCACAUCAAGGUUAGGGAAUGGAUACAGCAGGAGAUCGUUCACAGGUGUUCGCCGAGAUUUUUGCGGAAGACUCGAGAGACGCUGCAGAAGGAGCACGAGGACAAGCUCACGAAACAACAGGAGGAGGAGAAGAAGAGGUUAGAAGAGGAGUUGCUGAAGGAGAGAAAGGAGGAGCCAAUUUACGACGAGAACCCCGCACUCGUGGUGCGACCUGGCAAGAAGUCAAAGCUACCGAAGGUGUCGGUGGCCAUCGACGCCACACCCGCGACCAGGACCGAGUCGAUUCUGAAUCAAGUUCCCAUCGAGUUGGCGAAAGGUGUGGAUCCCGCAGAGACGUUCAACAACAGCGACUAUCCUUUGGAUCAGUUGCAAAUCGCUCCUCAGGUGGUCGUCAUAGAGCACCAUCACUCCAGAAGUGACCCGUUGCCCAUGGAGAGCGUGCUGAAGAGCGUCAAAACAAACUUCUCCACGCCUAGAAUAUACGAGUCUGACUCCGGGAGCGCCAGCAGCCUGUACGCGAAGAUUAAUCCUAAAUUGAAGUCCCGGCUGCCUCGAGUGGACCUCGGGACCAGCCCUGAAGAACCCGUCGCGAAUCAAACCGAGGACAUCUACAUAAACAUGGGACCAAAACUCACCACGUUCGCCGUGAAUCCUCCAUGCGACAUAAACGUAACCUGCAGAGAGCCUGUCGCUCAAAGGGAGUGCGUCAGUCCCGAAGAAGCCCUGAGGACGAUCAAACGCAGAAACUAUCCGAAGGUCCUUCCGGACAUCGAGAAAAGGCGAUCGCUGCCGGCACCCAGCAGCCUGUUCGUUCCCAAACAGCACGCCAAUUCUCUGAAGGACUACAGAGGCGGAUUGCAAUCCCAUCAGCCACCUCAACCGCCUCCAAGGAUGUUCGGUCCCUCCAAGAGCCUGGACUUCGCGGAGGAGGGCGAGAAUCAGUACGAGACAGAGUCGAUUACCACCAACCUCCACGUCGGUCCUUUGGUCAAGAAGCAGGAUUAUUCCGGGAAGAACAACUCCGAUCCCAGCAUUAUCGACUCUCUGGACGACAGAAUCGAUAGAGCAAGAACGCAAGCAGGUGGCAGCGUGGACACGAUCUACUCGAACCCCAUGUGUCCCGUCCACGGAAUGCCCAUUUCCCAGAGCAUGGACAAGAAUUUGGGCAAGCCUGCCGGGCUGCUGGAGUCCGGCAUCGGUAAUCCUAACUGGUACAAGUCGUCCGGGAACGAGACGUCCAUAUCGACGGCGUCGUCCGAGCCACGGAUCAUUGGCAGGGAAGUGGACAAGCAGUUCGGUGGCUCUAAUUGGGACACCAGAGUCCCCGCCAUGGAACCCAGGAUCGUGAUCACGCCCAGAGUGGGCAACCUCUUAGGUCAAGCGAACCAGAACUUGAGCCAGACAGUGGUGAAUCUAGCGAGCGCCUCCGCCGACCGGGUUGAUCAGGAACCUAAAAUGACCGUCCUGCUAGACACAAGCAGAAGCAAAUCCAAUACGAAUUCGGUGGAGCAGUUGCCCGAGUCGACCUCAGACGCGAGGGCAGUCGUGAGUCCCGAGAGGAAAGAACCGCGGAUAAUAAUCACGCCGAGGGACACCAAAGGACCGUCGAACUUGAAGCAGCCCAAGAUCAUCAUCAAACCGACGUCCAGCUUGCAAAGGACCAGGGAUCACAGGAACAUCCCCAAAGUGUCGGCCAUUCCUCCGCCAGAGGCUCAGAGCUGUCAAAGCGUCGAAAAGCCGGCGUUGAAAGAGAAGCCGAAGGUUACGAGGAUCCCGUCGUUCUCACGACGCAAAGAUGAGCCCUCGAGCGGAAUCGAGGGGUACCCGGAGAAGACGGAAAUCGUGCAGAGGGUGGAGGCGGUGACCAGCAAAGUGGUGAAUGCGAGUGUCGACGGGAAGUCGAGCAUUCCGCUGCUGAAGAAAGAGGCUGACAAGUCUUCCAGUACCGACUCGUCUACCAAUACGAACACUGGCACGAUCAAGAAGAAACCGGUGAACAGGAAGUAAGCCAUAUUGCGGUUGGCCAUAUAAGACACUGAUUCCAUCGAUGACGUCUCAUCGACGUAUCGGAUGAUAUGAGACGUCAUAGGAUGAUCCUGUGAUGGGACACAUUGGAUGAUGUUGACUCUUUUAUUACUGCAAGAUUAAAUGGACAGUAACGAGUAAGAUGUUACAUGUAAAUAUAAUUUUUGAUAAUUGUAGCAAUUAAGAUCAAAACGCCAAUUUUGAUAUAUUAUUUUUACUGAAGCUGUAUGAGAAUUUGUACUUUUCAUUUAAGACUGUACUCAUAAAUACCUAACCACAUUUACUUCGUUUAAUCGCACCUUUGUAUGUCCCUAUCAUCUUGACAGACAGAAUGCAAUUGUACCUUCUUAAAGAACCAUUUUCUCCGUUUACAGUAAGCUUAAAAUAAAUGAUUUUCAUAAUA